AUGAUGAAUCCUGAGGCUGCAAAAUCUUACAUCCAAGCCACCAAAAAAGUUCAAACUAAAGAUUCAGAUUCCAAAGAAACUAAAACAAGCAACUCCAAGACUGCUGAAGUUGAUGAAAAUAAAGUUGCUGUUAAUUCCAAUUGGGAAAAGUUUAAAAACACUGUUAAUAAGCCAGCUGGUACUUCUAAAACUCCGCCCAAGAGACCGUUCAAAGGAUCUUCUAAAACUGCACAGAGUGGCAAGAAAGCGACUAUGGAUCUUGAGAACAAGACACUUACAAAGCACGUAGCGAUGGACUGUGAAAUGGUGGGCAUUGGUGAUGGUACCGAAAGUAUGUUAGCUCGUGUAUCAAUUGUAAAUCGUCAUGGAGCUUGUAUCUAUGAUAAAUAUGUAAAACCCAGAGAAACAGUACGUGAUUACAGGACAGCAGUCAGUGGAAUCCGUCCUCAUAAUCUUCAAGAUGGUGAAGAUUUUUCAGUGGUACAAAAUGAAGUUGCAGAAAUAUUGAAAGGACGUAUUUUAGUUGGUCAUGCAUUAAAAAAUGAUCUUGCUGUGCUGUUUUUAUCUCACCCAAAAAGACACUUACGUGAUACCUCACGAUACAAUGUGUUCAGGCGUGUCUCCAAGGGUAACACUCCGAGUCUGAAAAAAUUAGCGGCUGAAUUGUUAGGUAUUGAUAUCCAGACAGGGGAACAUAAUUCUAUUGAAGAUGCAAGAAUCGCUAUGGAGCUUUAUGUUUUAUACAAAAAUCGCUGGGAGUCUGACAUUCGUCACUGA